UUGUAGCUUCCUAUAUUGUAACCUUAUGGGUAUAACAUCUUUACUAUUAUAUAAAUAAAGGGUCACAGAGAUGGUGAGAACUGAGGCACUGUGUUGAUCUGAACUGCAUCUUCUGGAGAUACUUUAUUGAUGAUUCAUCUUCUGAAUUCUCUUUCUCAGCUAUCAAUAUUCUGCAGCAGGAUGGGCUCUCACUCUUGAUUCCUCUUCUUCAUUUUCCUCUUCUAAGAGUUCUGCCAUCCGCCACAGCAACAAAAGCCACGUCAGCACCAUGUUCCCAACCUUGGGAGGGUUUUCUGCCACCGAUCCAUCCAUGUCGUCAGAUCAUAACAAUCGAGCGGUUGUGGGCGAAGUCGACUUCUUCAACACCUCAUCAUCCUCAUCCGUUAAGAACCAGACUUGUACUCAUGGAAGCCUUUCCGAGUUUAAUCUCCACGUAAAUACUGGUCUGCAACUCCUUACUGCCAACAGUAAAAGCGAUCAAUCUACGGUGGAUGAUGGGGUUUCAUCAGACACUGAAGAUAAGCGCCCAAAAACCACCCAGCUGGUACAAGUGCAAGAAGAACUCCAACGUGUGAAUUCAGAGAACCAAAAGCUAAAGGAGACGCUCAACCAUAUGAGAAGUAGCUACAUGAAUUUGCAAAUGCAAGUUGCCGCAUUAAUGCAACACCAACAGAAACAGCAAGUUUCCGAGACCACCACAGAAAAUCAUGAGGUAGGAAAAGUAAAAGGUGAUGAUGAGAAAAAGGAAGGGCGUAGUAGUGGAGGUGGAGGAAUGAUACCAAGACAGUUGCUUGAUUUAGUUGCAAGUGGCACAGCCGAAGUAGACGAUCAAGUAUCUAAUUCUUCUUCAGAAGAAAGAACUCGAUCCAGCACACCUCAAAACCAUAAAAACAGCAAUGGCAAAAUGGAGAAUACUGGAGAGGAUUUAGAAUCAUCACAACAAGGUUGGGAUAAUCCCAACAAGUUUCAGAGACUGAACCCUGCCACAGAUCAAUCCACUGCAGAAGCCACCAUGCGAAAAGCUCGUGUCUCUGUCCGCGCCCGAUCAGAAGCCCCUAUGAUCAGCGACGGGUGCCAAUGGCGAAAAUAUGGACAAAAGAUGGCUAAGGGAAACCCUUGUCCUCGAGCAUAUUACAGAUGCACCAUGGCAGUUGGUUGCCCAGUUCGGAAACAAGUUCAACGUUGUGCGGAGGAUAGAACAAUAUUGAUAACGACAUACGAAGGGACGCACAACCACCCACUGCCGCCUGCUGCGAUGGCGAUGGCGUCCACAACGGCGGCGGCGGCUAGCAUGCUUCUCUCUGGAUCAAUGUCAAGCGCUGACGGAAUAAUGAACUCGAGCAUGAUGGCCAGAGCGAUUCUUCCGUCUUCAAGCAUGGCAACGCUAUCAGCAUCAGCACCAUUCCCAACCGUCACACUCGACCUCACGCACCAACCGAACGCGUUGCCUUUGCAGUACCACCAACGGCAACAACAACAACAUCCUCACGCGCAAUUGCCGCAAGUGAUUGCACAAGCGCUCUAUAACCAAUCCAAAUUCUCUGGCCUUCAAUUGUCUCAAGAUGUUGGUUCUUCCCAAGCUUCAAGGCUACCGUCGUUGCACCCUAACCAAAAUAAUCCCUUGCUCGCCGACAAGGUCAACGCCAUCACCAACGAUCCUAACUUCACGGCGGUCGUCGCAGCCGCCAUUUCCUCCAUCAUCGGUGGGGCUCAUCAAAAUAACAACGCCAACAACUCCGACGCAAAUCCCAAUAUCAUCAACAGUGCUACAGUCGGCAGCUUUUCAGGAAAUUAGAGUAUUAAAUUUCUUUCUACAUACCUUUUCAAAUUUUUUGGUCAGACGUUUUACUUCUUUUUUUUUUUGGUUUAAAUGUUUUACGUGGGAAAGGGAAAAUGAAUUAAUUAGUGUUCAUAGACUUUGUUGUCCACGUUAUGGUGGUAGGGUUUAGAACAUAAAAAGUCUUCAUUCUUUGUUUAUUUAUUUGAUCUUGAAUAAUUCGGAUUCAACAUGUUCAGAGUAAAUAGACAUGCAAAGAAAAAAUGUAAUGUAAACAUCAUAUCUUUAAAUUAUCGGUUUCAUAUUUUAA